AACAUACACCUUGCUUUUAUUUCUUCCUAUCUCCAUCUCUCUCUCUCUCUCUCUCUCCCCCCAUUAUAUUUUCUCGCAGCAAACCCUAGUAGCAAUGGCAUCGGCACGCGCCCCAAAUUCGGGUUCAAAAUCGUUCGAUUUCGGCUCAGAUGAUAUUCUAUGUUCCCACGAGGAUUACGGAAAUCAGGAUGGAAAUAAUGGUAUCCACACCGAUCCUUCCAUUGCACCCAAUCCCUCCAAGGAGUUUAACAAAAGCAGAAUGGCGAGAUCAGCUGUUUUUCCUGCAUCAACCUAUAGUACACCUGAAGAAUCCUCAUUUAGUCAUGAUGUAAUCUCCACUGUUGAUAACACCAUGAAGAAAUACACUGACAAUAUCAUGCGUUUUCUUGAGGGAAUUAGUUCACGGCUGUCACAGUUGGAAUUAUACUGUUACAAUCUGGAUAAAUCAAUUGGAGAAAUGCAUGCCGACUGGGUUCGUGAUCAUGGAGAGGCAGAUUCCAAGCUCAGAUCUCUGGAGAAGCAUGUUCAAGAGGUGCACAGGUCUGUGCAGAUUUUAAGAGAUAAGCAGGAACUUGCUGAUACUCAGAAGGAGUUAGCCAAACUUCAGCUUGUACAAAAGGAUUCCACUUCAGCUAACACUAAACAGCAGAAUGAGGAGAGAACUUCUGCACCUGCUUCUGAACCUAAAAGUGCAGAGAACUCAUCAGAUUAUCAUGAUCAGCAGUUGGCACUCGCACUACCUCAUCAAGUAGCUCCGCAGCCCUCUCACCAUGCUCGGCCAGUUGAGCAUCAGCAUCCUUCAAUUGCACCCCAGUCAUCCAUGCCUCCACAGAGUAUGGCGCCAGUACAGGCAUACUGCUUACCUCCACAACAAAUGACCAAUAUCCCCCCACCACAACAAUCUCAAACUCAGUACCUGCCUGCACAAUCUCAAGUUCAAGACCUCUCCAGGAUGGCACCACAGCAGUCCCAGCCUCAGGGAAACAUGACGCCGCAGGUUCAGUCAUAUCCGCAGCAGUGGUCCCAGCAGCAGCCUGUUCAACAAUCCCAACAGUCAGCUAUGCCGCCACAGAUUAGAGCCUCCUCUCCAAUGGUUUACUCUCCCUAUCCUUCGGGUCAGCCAAAUCAAUCUCCUUCUGAAAUGGCUCCUGGAAGCAUGCACAUGCAGGUAUCAUUUGCAGGAGCAUCCCGACCUGGUUCGGCAGGUUCUGAUGGAUUACCUUAUGGGUACGGUGCUCCUCCUGCCAGGCCAAUCCAACAGCAGGUCCCGACACAACAACACAAGCCUGGAUACACAGCUCAAUCAGGAGAUGGUUACAUGCCUGGCGGGCCUCGUCCCCAACUUCCCCCUGGAAAUACAUACAUGGUUUUUGAUGGUGAAUCAGGAAGGGCGCAUCAUCUGCCUCCACAGCCUCAGUUCCAACAAAAUGUUUAUCCUCAGAAUAGCGUCCCUCCGCAAAAUCCACCUCGUGUUCCUAGCAGUAACAUGUUAGGCCCACCUCAGGCCAUGCGCGGCCAUCCUUACAGUGAGCUGAUAGAGAAGCUGAGCAGCAUGGGAUACAGAAGCGACCACGUUCUUGGUGUCAUUCAGAGGCUGGAAGAGAGUGGCCAGGCGAUCGAUUUUAAUGCUGUGCUUGACAGGUUAAACGGACACCCUGCUGGUACUCAGAGAGGAUGGUAAGCGCACUCAACCAACUUGCGUGCUCUGUGUGACUUUCAUGUAUUGAAUUAAUAAAGGAUUGUGAGAUGUCGCUCGCAUAAUUUCGUAUAUAUUGGGAUAAAGAGAUGCACUUUUAUCAGUAAUCUCUUUCUCAAGCGUUUGUGUGCUAAUUUGGAAGGGUGCUGCUACUCAGCUUUUGUGACAUGGUAGCCCUCAGUAGACUAUGGUUUGUUUCUCUACGUAGGUUAAACUGCUUGCGCUCCUUUUAUUUAUAUAUCGAUCUUUUGAGGAA